AUGGCGUCGCUGCUGCUGUCACCCGACAGCCCGGCGCCGGAGGGUACCUCCGCCGAAGCCGGUGGCGGAGGCGAGGACGGGGAGGACGCCGAUGCUGCGACAGCCGAGAGCCGCGGCGUGGCUGGCGGCGUGGCUGGCGGCGUGGGACCGUGCGGAGUCGAUGAGCUGCUGGAGUGCACACAGCCCGCGGCGGGUGCCUUAUGUGCCGAUGAGCUGCCCGCCGCCCCGUGCUCCGGUACGCAGCUGCUGGAUGCCGGUGUUGGCGCAGGCCAAAAGAGCGGCGGCGGCGGCGGCGGCGGCGGCGGCGGCGGCGGCGGCGGCGGCGGCGGCGGCGGCGGCGGCGGCGGCGGCGGCGGCGGCGGCGGGGGCGGCACGCCGCCCCGCUCGGGCGCUGGCUCGCGCAAGCCCGCGGGCGCUGCCCACGACACGACGCACGUCACGACGCGCUCCAGCAACGGCGUGCAAGUGCGGCCGGCCCCGAAGCUCGGGCGCGGUGACGGGUGGGGCGAGGGCAGUGCGGGCGGCUGGUCGAGCGGGCGGGGAGGUAGGCGCGCGGCUGCGGCGCGCGCGCAGGCGCCUCACUCGUGGAGCGACGUCUCGGCCGGCGGUGCGGUGGAGGGCGACCUGGUGCGGGCGAUCGGCGGCGCCUGCGCCCCGGAGAUCGACUGCGUGCAGCAGGCGCUCGACGUCGACCGUGUGGGGCACACCGACGAGAUGGCCGGCGGGGCCACUCAUGUCGGGCGGGGCCACUGGGCGCGAGCGCCGCCCUGCGCGUGUCCCAAGCCCUUCCGGCGGCUGGCGGAGUGCCCCCGUGUCGGGGAGUCCGCGUGCGAGACGCACCGUUACGGCAACCACGUUCGCCUCCCUACGGGGGCCUCGAGGCAGGCUCGCUUCGAGUGCGUGCGGCGCUUCGCCGAGGAUUUGCGGCGCGACCCCUCGCUCGCUCGGCAGUGGCGGCGGGAGCUGCGAGGCAAGCGGCUCUCGUGCUGGUGCGCUAAGCGGGCGCGGCUGCUGCUCUGCCACGGGCACGUGCUCUACUACGUGGCGAACUGCUCCGACGCCGCUUUCCACGCCUUCCUCGGCGAGAGCGGCGGCCCAGCGGACCCCGACCUGGAAGAGGCGCUCGUCCGCUCGCGGUCUGGCGGCUCGGAUGCGCUCGCGGCGCCGCCCCGCGCCGGGCUGGCUGGGAGCGCGCCGCAGGCGGAGCCGGGCACUGCGGCGGACGCGACGGGUGCGGUGGCGGGUACCGAGGCGGGCGAGGUGGCGGCUGCGUUGGCCGCGGUGGAGGACCUCGAGAGGGAUGAGGCGGUCGCAGCGGUCGAGGCGGCCGAGGCGGCUAGGGCGGCCGAGGUAGUCGAGGCCGCCGAGGCCGCCGAGGCCGCGGGCGUGGCGGCGGAGGCCGCGUCGGCUGCGGCGGGGCUGGCGCGGCGGGGGGCGGCGCCGGCCUCGCCGCCGGCGGCCAAGGCGGCGGUGGGCCGCGGGCUGCGCGGCGACGAGGUGGUGGACGCGAUCCGACGCGCGGGCGUGGUUUUGCUGCCGGUCCACCUCGACGUCGCGCGCCGCCAGGCGCGGCUGGUGGCGGCGCACGCCGCCCUCGACGCCAAGUACCGAGAGGACAAGAAGACGUACUAUUUCUACGACAAGACUGGCCGGGCCUACCGCAUCUACAACCCGAGAGGGCUGCCCCCGGCGCAUACAUAUCUUCCGCUUACCGAAUGGAGCUCGCGCAGCAAUCUUCUACAACACGCUCAGCGCCGAUACUCCGCGACGAUUCACCAUUCGGCCUGGAGGGACAUGCAUGCGGCGGCGGGCCGCGCAGGGAGGAGGGAGCAGGUGCGGUUUGUCUCGGUCAGCCAGUUCGGCGCGGGCGCGUUCUUGAACGCGAUCCCGACCCGCGCGCACUUCCGUCUGCCCUCGUACGUGCUGCGCUUCGCGCUGCAGCGCCGCUUCGGAUUGCACCUGUCGAUGAUGACGGACGUUAUGGCGGACGGCAUCUACAGCCAGCACGGUCUGCCCUUUGACGCCCUCGGCGACGUGGCGCAGAACGACGGCGCGGCGGGCCACCAGACGCGGCACAAGGAGGUCCUCCUGGACCUCGUCGAGCUGCUGCGGGGCAAGCUGGGGCGCGGCGCUGUGGAGCACGAGUUUCACUGCGAGCACAGCACUACGAGGACGGACUUGUACAUUUACCAGGGCGUGAUUGGGGACCUGCCAUGCAUCGGCGACACGAAGAUCUUUGCCGGUGUGCCGUCGGACCCCUCGGGGGCGGGGCGCAUGGGGGCGUUCGUCGCUUGCGGCAACACGCUGCCACGCGCCCGCGAGACGGUUCUGGGCGUGGAGGGCGGGGACAGGGGUGGGAGGGUGGGACGGUGGGAUCCGCGGACGGGGACCGGGACGGUUGAGGCUGUCAAGGGCCAGUACACGGACGCAGAGGGGAAGUGCCAUGUGGAGGCGUUGCUCUUCGAGGAGUUCGGCGCAAUGAGCGCGGGGGUGGAGGAGCUGCUGAUGCGGGUGGCUGAGGUGGCGGGCCGGAAGCUCACGUGGUGGCAGUACGACCAGACGUCGUGGUCGGCGCGCGAAUGGAUGCCGUUUGCGCUGCAGCGACUGUCGGUGCAGCUCUGGGUGGCGCUCGCGGACGAGGCACAGCGCGCCAUUGGUGCGGCGUCGCGCGACCGCGAGGGACCGCGGGGGAAUGCUAGUGGGAUGGGGGGCUCUGAGGGGAAGGGAGCGGGGGGCGCCCAGUAG